CGGCCGUCUGUCGACUCUCUCUCUCGCUUUCUCGUUGCAAGCGGCGAGCCGUCGUCUCUCUCUCUCUCUCUCGUCUCCCGUCGUGUCCGGUGGCUUAACUUCAUCGUCGUCUCCCUCGCUUUCUCGUUGCAAGCGGCAAGCCGUCGUAUCUUUCUCUCGUCUUUUCAGGUAACUAAGGAUGGAAGCACAAAAAAGUGAAAAACAGUCUUCACCUGCUGCUGCAACCCCACCAAUGGCUUCAUGUCGAAAGAAGAAGAAUGAGGAAGCCACAUUCUUGGAGGAUUUGAAGGAGCACAUUGAUGAGUUUGUGCAUGCAUCUAUGGAUGAACACAAAACUUGCUUCAAGAAGACUAUACAGAAGAUGUUUGGAAUGUCAAAGAUUGUUGCAGAAAGGAGUUCAGAAUCUAAGGGAGUUGAAAGCUCUCUGCCCCUCCAAACAACAGUGUCAGACUAGAAUGUCUCCCCUUCUUUGGUGACAGCUUUAUAUCUAGUUUUAGACCAUGAUUUUCUCCAUGGAUAAUAAUACUAGGCUAUGUUUCUUGUUAGAAGUUUGAGUUGGGUAAACUAAUCCUUCUUGGAUGUUAAAUAUGAGUAAGUUUCUUUGACUAUCCCAAAUUGGAUUUCAGAUGAAUGGAUUUCAUCAUUCAUAUGUCUA